AAAGUUAUUAAAAUUUAUUAAAAUGCUUGAGAAAUAUUUUGCGACUGCGACCAGUCAAGAAUUAAGAGUUUAUUAAAAUGUUUUUUAUUCAUUGCGUUGCUUGGUGUUGAGGAACGGAACAAAGUUUUUUCUAGAAGUGGUUAACUAUUUCGCUUAAGACGGUCAACUAUCCGAUAAUCAUAAGCUCUCACAUAUAGUUUUUUACAUUAGAUAAUAUAAGGAGAAUAUAAAAAAUGGACGACAGAUUUCUACAGAGUACGUCGAAGGAUUCGAAAGCGAAAGUCCAACCAACUGCUCGGAAGAAGUUCCAUGCAAGCACUCCAUAUGAAAGACAGCCAAGUAAAAGUAAAACAAUCUGUGGAUACGAAAACAUUCCCGCAGAAAACAAUACAGAAGCCCUGUCCCUUUUAAAAAUCAUUAUAAAAAAGCAAGAAUCAAUUGAAAAACGGAUCGCGCAAAUAGAGAACAGCGUUUUCAACACAGAAUCCGUAAUAUUGAAAGAUAUUAUUCAAAGGAGCCAAGCUAUGGCUAAAAACAAAAAUAUACGAGAGCAGAAGGUAAUAUUAAAAAAGUUCCAUUCAGAUCGUCCUAUGUUUGGGGAGAUAGAAGACGUUACUAUUGAAGACAUCGCGUCAAAAUUUCCUCUUGUAACAAUGGAUGCUCUUUUGGAAGUGGAGGAGAAACUAAAUAUGAAACAGUAUAACAAGUCAAUGGUUGCGUUCAUACAUAAGUUGAAGGAUACAUGCAACAGCGUCGAUGGAGUCCUUCGUCGGAUUUUUACAGACACUCUAAUAGAAAAUUUUAAUUGGGAUGGACGAUGGGGAAAAAACCCGCUCAAUACUUUAAAAAUAAUUAAUCAAAUUGUGUUUGAGACGUUCCAGUCUGACGGAAAAACGUUUGAGCUGAACGUAAGAAAAUAUGUGGAACUUUCCCGCAACCGUCUGAAGCAAAAAGUUAGAGCGCAUACUAAAAACAUAAAACGACAAGAGUUUUAUCUGGGUUAUCCAUAACGGGAAAAUCAGAAUAAAGGAUAACUCCUUUAAUUUAUAAAAAUCCACAGGCACAAUUUAUUUUCUCGUAAGAAAUAAAAAAAGGAAGGACGUGCUGAAAAAGGGAAUUUCUUAUCAUAAUUUUUAAAUAUUUGGAUGAAAUAAUUCUCCUUCUGACUUCAGUUAAAAACAAGUGAGAAUGAAUGUUAAUUUUAAUUUUUUAUAUUUUACUACUGUAAUAAUAUCUAAUGUUGCUCAUAUAAUUUUAAAUUAAUAUUUGUAAUCAUUAAUUUUACUGGAACUAUUUCAGAUGCGUUAAUUUUAAACCCAUACAUUAUGCUUAAGGAAAUUACAUCUGUUCAUGUUACAUAUAUUUAUGUAAGAUUAAACAUUCAUUCAUUAAUAGAAAAACAUGUACAUGUAUCCACGAAAUUCUUUUAAAAUUGCAGCAUAUGGCAAGAGAUGUACUUAUGUAUAACAAUAAUACAAUGCAUGGAGAAUAUCGUGUAAAUACUGUCCUAAAAGUAAAUGAACUAAAUAUAAAUAAUUUGUUGAAAAGCAAAAA